AUGGAUUUCGGACCAAAGGACACGUUUCACCAGAUUAUGAAGUUAUCCCAUGCUCUGCACCUACGUUGCCAGGACAGUCUCCACAAAUGCCAAUCUUCACGUCCCUCUCGAAGCUGCAGGGCGCAUCAACUAUCACGUAAUUGCCUUGCAGGAAACAAAGUCAAGGAAGACGGACUUGAGGCAGUGAGUGAUGGCACACUCAUCAUUCGUGGUGAGAAAGUUCCAUCACGGAACGUCAGAGGCGUUGGAUUUGUCGUACAGCCAUCUGUUGUCUAUCUCGAUUCGCAUGAGAUCCUAUCUCUCCUGGCUAUCCUUCGACUCCAUCCUCUGCAUCAGAAAACCAUCACUAUCAUCAACUGUUAUUCUUCAACAUCAGCAGCUAAUGAUUCAGAACUUGAUGCUUUUUAUGAGGAUUUGGAGGAAGUCAUCCGCAAAGAAAACUCUUUUCACAAGUUCUUUGCGGGUGACUUUAGCGAAAAUCUGCUAGAAGAAGGAAAACACAUGAUCGGGAGAUUUGGAUCAGGACUCCGGAAUGGAUUUUGA